AUGCCUUCUGACAUUGACAGUGUUAUAAGUGCAGAAAUUCCUGAUCCCGAACUUGACCCUCUCCUUUAUGACAUCGUAAAAUCUACUAUGAUUCACGGGCCAUAUGGACAUUUGAAUAGAAAAUCACCAUGCAUGCUCAAUGGUUCAUGUAGCAAGAGAUAUCCACGUCCAUUUUCCAAGGAUACGCACACUGCAGAUGACGGAUAUCCCCAGUAUCGAAGGCGGGCUCCAUCUAAUGGCGGAUUUUCGCUUGAAAUUAAUGGAGUAAAAAUUGAUAACCAAUGGGUGGUGCCUUAUAAUCCUGUUUUGUCCCGUACAUUUAUGGCUCAUAUUAACGUUGAACUGUGCAACUCUGUGAAGUCCAUAAAGUACAUAUGCAAGUACGUAAAUAAAGGAAGUGACCAAGCAGCGUUUUGUUUAGAAAACGAGCAGGAUGAAAUAUCCAAGUAUGAAGCAGGGCGCUAUAUUAGCAGUUCUGAAGCUGCUUGGAGAAUCUUACGUAUCCCCAUCCACGAGAGAUUCCCUCCUGUUAUGCAUCUUUCUGUUCAUCUCGAGAAUGGUCAAAGAAUUUACUUCACAACUGAUAAUGCCUCAGAAAAAGUUCAGAACCCUAAUAGUACUACACUUUUAGGAUUCUUUGAGCUAUGUAAAAAUGAUUCUUUUGCAAGAACGCUUUUGUAUAGUGAAGUUCCAGCUUAUUUUAUUUGGAAAAAUAACAAGUUUAGCCGAAGAAAGCAAGGAAAUGGUGUCUCAGGUCAUCCAGGAGUUAAACAAGAUCAUGUGAUUGGUAGAGUCUAUACUGUACACCCUAACAAUGCCGAAUGCUAUUACUUGCGACUAUUACUUCAUGAAGUACGUGGACCGACUUGCUUUAAUGAUCUCAAAACAGUGUCUGGAGUAGUUCAUCAUUGA